AUGGAAGACCGUCAUCCAUACAUAUCUCGCUCUCUUCCUGGAGAACAUUCUACGCAUCUUCCCGCCUCGCUCCCUUCCACCUCUAUUUCCGUUUCUCCCUCUCUUUCCCCUUCACUCUCUCCUAAUCCUGCCUUGGCCGUGCUCCCCAUUCCAGUAGACGAUUACUUCAAGGCAAGGAGAACACGUAGGAGUUUGUCAACCUCUUCGUCGUCACAGAGUUUAUUGAAAAGAAGUUUAUCGCCAAAACCACGAGCUCAUUCAGGACUAUAUCCUCCUUCCGUAUACCCUGGAACGCCUGAAAGCGAUAAUAAUAGUCAGAGGUCGAGUUUCGAAGACUUUGAUUAUUCGACAUCCGGAACUCCAUUUAAUUCUGUUUCAUCGGGUAACAGUCCAUUGACUAAUACUCCGCCAUACCUGCCACACCAUCCUUCUUUUUCGCUUUCAAAUAGAGAAAGGCAUCAUUCACUGUUUGUAUUAUCAGGAAAAUUCACUCCCUUGCAACCAACACAACAGCAAGGAAAUGAACUCGCACGCUCAGCCUCGUCUAUUCGGAGACGAACAUCCUUUCAAUACAGUCCGAUAAGAUUUUUUCCGGAUCUGGAUCCCGACUCUCAGGAGAAUCAUGUUAGUCAUCUGGCAUUUAUAGACGAACGCUCGCCCGAAUUUACUCUCCCGAAAGUAAAACGAAAAUUGCAUAGAGAUCUUGAUGAGGCGAAAUCGCGUGCCGACAGGUCUAUCCAAAAUAUCCUCGAUCGGUGGUACGAGACACAACAAUAUAAAGACCAUUUAUCUGAAUUGGUAUACGAUGGAUUAAGUGACGAGGAAGAUAAACCCGAACCUCUUGUUAUCAAGAGAAACCUUAGUCAUCGAACAUUAAGCAAGCUUAAUGAGACGGCAUUAUUAGCAAGUGAUACAGACGAUGAAGCAGCAUCAGGAAAAUUAAGAAACAAGGGAGAUGACAGGACAUUAUUGGGAGUGGGAAUGGGAAUGGGAAAGGAUAAUAUUGAGAGCGUGUCAUUACCAGGAGAGAGGUCAAAGCCGAGGGCUAUUGUGAAUAGGAAAAAGAACUCGGAAAGGAGAAUGGUGCUCUCGAAUAGCUGGCCGCCGUCCACAUUAGCCUCCUCGCAUCAAAGACUUUUAGCGCGUAUUGAUCGAAUUGCGAGAAGAAUUCUUAAAACCUCAGUGCAACAACUUCUUGAGUCUGACGUAGCAGUAGAGAUUAUGAAAGAGUUGCAGGAGGUAAUGGAAACACAGAGGAAAAUGGCCGUGGGCAAUGCAGAGGCCGAGGAACUAUUAGCAAAAUUAGUAUACAACUUUGCGGAUGUUACUAGAGCUGUUGAGGCCAUGCAUCAGUCAUUCACCCCUGACUUGUCGGAGACAACUACGAGCGAUGGCCCUACGGUAGGGCCUGAAUGGUCCGUAUUACACUCUCCGCUUCCAUCUCCGUCCAUUCCAUUAACGCCUAUAACGCCAUCAUCAUACUCACUACCAAUAAGUCCGAGACGCAAUUCAUCAGCGGAAUCACCUGCAUUCCUAGCAGCCCCCCCUCAAACAUAUUCAUCUCCGUUGGCAAGGCACAUGUCCAUUCCCUCACCAAUAUCGGUGUCGUCACGACCAUCAAUGGAACAGAGAAGAGCUUCUGUAAAUGAGGCGGUGUUUGAACUAACGGGGCCAUUUACGUCUUCUCCACGUCCGAGCAUUGAUGAGAAUAUGAUGACAUGGAACAGUCAGAUGAGAAAAGAAGUAGAACAAAAAUUACAUGAGGAGAUGAAUAGAGACAUUGAUUUGGAAAUAUUAAAAAAGCGCGCUAUAGAUGGUGAUGGAGAUCAGAAAAAGAAAGUGAAGAAGACAAAGCCUGCUGUCAUGAGCUUCUUGAAAAGUCUUAAAAAUGCUUUUCACAGUCCAACAGCAUCAAGCGGUAACAGUCCAGCCGGAUCCCCAACGCGCUCAGCUACUCAGUUGUCGACAGUCCGAUCCAAUCAUCUUACUCGUCCUCCUGAGAAAGUUCGUUCCCUUUCAUUUGACUCGUCGACGUUUUCACUUUCUCGUAAAUCAUCAGCUGUCUCGCUAAAGGACAAGGAGAAUCUUGCCGCCGGGAACAGUGCCUCUACACACGGAUUUUCUGAUGUCAUUCUGUGCAGAAUAUGUGAAGAGAUGAUACCAAGUCACGAACUGGACGCACAUAGCGAAACCUGCCGUGUCACUACAGAGUACGCAUUUAAGCUGCACGAAUGUGAUGGAAAAUUGGGAAAACUGGUGCAGGAUGUGGUAAAGAGAAAAGCUGAUAUCUUGGCAGGGGAUAAACAUGGCUCAGUCCAAGUCUAUAAUAGUGUAAAGGAUGCCGAAGCAAUGGAAAACAUCGGAUUAAAAGCGAACAAUAUCAAGGAGACAGACAAUCGAAGGGAAGCUCUCCGUAAAUGCGAGAAAUACUCCAGCAAGUUAUCUCGUAUUGUUGAGGAGAUGGAAAAGAACCAAAUCAGGGAUGAACAUCUUCUAACUUAUGGGAAACGCUUACUGCACGUUGUCCAAGAGAAAAAUGAAUCUCUUCGUCUGUAUUUUUCUAAACUUCGAACCACAAAUGCACUAUCCGGCGUGACAUCGGCUGUAGUAGCUGUAAUGGAUAAAGAUACCUCGACUCUACGUGCUCCAGCAAGAGACAAGCUCGGCCGCAAACAAUCUAUAUCUAGCAGAAUACUCUCGACGUCAGCACCACAGAGACCGAUAACGAUAAAUCACCAUUUCGCCAACCGAGAGUUUAAUAAUAUGAACAAGGACAGUUUGGCAGCCCACAGGAGACAAGAGAGCGCUGGUUCGACAAAAUCAUAUUACAAUGAAGCUGCUGCAAUACCUGAUGCUAGUCCGCCUGCGCCGAAAGGGGGCAAGAAGCUCAUAUCUCUUUUUGCUGCCAUGCUCAGAGGCGGAAAUGCCCGAUCUCAGAGUACUUCAAGAGAAGGUAAAGACAAUGUAUCAGGGGACAAAAGCUCGAAAACACGGGUUCCCAGUAUACAAGAUUUUGAAAUAAUAAAACCGAUAAGUAGAGGUGCAUUCGGAAAAGUAUAUUUAGCUAAGAAGAACACAACAGGCGAUUUGUAUGCUAUAAAAAUAUUAAAGAAGGUCGAUAUGGUACGGAAGAAUAUGGUCAACCACGUACUAGCCGAGCGAAGAGUCCUUUCGCUUUCGCGUACUCCAUAUAUUGUGAAGCUAUAUUACGCAUUUCAAAGUCAGGACUAUUUAUAUCUAGUGAUGGAAUAUCUAAUUGGCGGAGAUCUGUCGUCUCUGUUACAAGUAUUGAGUACAUUUGACGAAGACAUGGCUCGUAUAUACACGGCAGAAGUAGUGCUUGCAUUAGAAUAUUUACAUACAAAUGGAAUAACGCACAGGGACCUCAAACCGGAUAAUAUGCUCAUUACAGCUGAUGGACAUAUCAAGUUAACAGACUUUGGAUUGUCGCGUAUUACUCUACCUGAGAAAAAUUCAAUGUCGUUCACGUCGGAUAAUAAGCCUACGUCUUCGCAAAAGAAGAAAUUGUCUGUUAGUAGAUCGAAGAGUAGAGCGGAUUCACGUGGAUCAAAUGCAUCACAAAAUCGACCAAUAUCAACAGUAGUUGCUAGCGAGAACCAGAGAAAUACACAGGUAAACUUUGAACCUGAUACUGAUACGAUCAACGACAAACAGCGGUCAGGCCUACAAAAACGAGCUCACAGGCAAAGCUCGAAAGCUCUUCUUGGCACUCCUGAUUAUUUAGCUCCUGAAUUAUUGUUGGGUAUUGGGCAUAGUAGUAAGGUGGAUUGGUGGUCACUGGGAGUGUGUCUGUUUGAAUUCAUAUGUGGAUAUCCUCCAUUUAUGGACGAUACUCCUGAAUCUAUAUUCAGGAAUAUUCUCAAUCAUAAUAUCCAAUGGCCAGAAGACGAUACAAUUUCGCCAGAUGCCAGGGAUCUAAUUACCAGGUUAUUGAAUCACGAACCUUCGGAGAGACCGUCUGCAGAGGAAGUAAAAGCACAUCCGUUCUUUAAGGAUAUAGAUUGGGAAAAUAUUCGGCAUCAAAAAGCUCCGUUUGUGCCUAGACCAAAUGACGAUCAAGAUACGAGUUAUUUUGAUGCAAGAAAUCAACGUCCAGAUAUUCGCAGACUAUCAUCUGGAAAUCUUGAUGCAAUAGCAAGCGGAAUAAUACCGAAAAGUGAUAACAGGAAGUCAGUUGCGUAUGAAGAGAAUGCAAUGGACGCUGUCAGCAUCGCGAGCGGAGGAGCAUCAUCCAAUUCGAGUGUAGUAAGCGGUGUGACUGGUCAAACAACAACGUUAGAUCCAUCAAACUCUUCUCUUUCGACAUCAAUUCCAUCUAAUAAUACUCGACCCAAACCAGACUUGACGAUAAACACUCACCUGAAACCACAACGGUCAUUCUCGCGCAAGUCAUCUAUGCAAGAUGAUCCAUCAGCAAGCUUACAGGUGAAGCCAACCCAAAAGAGACGUCCAUCAUUACUAUUACUAAAACAGAGGCAACGAAAGCAAUCUGUCAGUUAUUCUCAGGAUACAUCGUCCGCUUCAGUUACUCCGACUACUUCAACUGCCAUACCAUCAACCGCUACAUCUAUUUCAUCGCGUAGAUCGACACGGGCAGAUAAUUCACCUGUAAUGUUUGAUUAUGAACAACCGCAACAGGAAGAAGAUGACGAUGAUGAGUUUGAGUUAAACAGCCAAGGAAGACCGAACGAUGUUUGCGGGAAUGAGUUUGAUGCAUUUUUGUAUAAAGGCGUAUCGUUCUUGGGCGAUGUGAAUCAAAAACUGUCAUCUGCAUCCACACCUAAUUCAGCUGGAUUGAGGCUGUCGGGCGACGUCAGUGAUGAUGGGAAAGGAAAAUAA